AUGAAGUCUCCCCUUGAUAUCACGGACGAGCCCAGGUUUUAUCUGCAGGAGCAGAUGCAGGAACAUUUGCGCGACCACUAUCUUGAAUUGACGCCGGACACGAAGUUCGUACGAUGGCUGCGCGAUAACCCCAGGCACCCGAGAAACUGGCCUACGAACCGAAAAAUAUAUGAUACUGCACUUAUCUGUUUACUGGAUCUUGUCAUAACUGCUAGUAGCACUGCUGGUGCGGCUGCAGCAUCACAAGCCAGACAUGAAUACAAAGUUGGACAUACCUUUGCAACAUUUUGCUUUGUGACACUAUUUCUUCUAGGGCAAUGUGUGGGCACAAUUGUGUUCCCUCCAUGGACAGAGUCAUUCGGCCGCAAGAAAUUAUAUAUUAUUAGCAGUGCUCUGAGUUGUGCCUGCUGUAUCGUCAUUGGCACUGUGAAUUCCCUCCCUGUCGCGAUCGUCAUGCGAGUAAUUGCGGGUCUUGUUUCCGCAGUACCGGGGAAUAUUGUGGGCGGAAGUAUCGAGGACUUGUUCAACUCUCAGGCGCGAGUAUGGGCGAUCUACUGGUGGACUGUGGCAUCGAACAUUGGGUUGAUUGUGGGCCCGAUAAUGAGCAGCCACAUCGUUGCAUACCUCAACUGGCGAUGGGUAUUCUACAUCUAUGCCAUCGUUAUGGGAAUAAUUACCGGCCUACUUGUCUUUAUUCGCGAAUCUCGAUCGUCCUUGCUCUUAACUGCCGAGGUCGAAGUGCUGCGACGCCAGAUCGAGGGCAUUCCUCCUGCGCUUAACCACGACCAUAUGCCGACCAUGCGCACUUUCAUGAAGGAACACUUGUUCCGUCCUGCGCAGCUCUUCUGCGGCGAGCCUAUUGUGUUCACCAUUUCGAUGAUCAUUUCAGUCGUCAUGUCUCUCAUUUACAUGUUCACUGAAGCCAUGCCCAUCGUUUACCAGUCAAUGGGGUUCACACGGCCCCAAGCAUCUCUCAUGUUCCUGGCAAUUGGCCUUGGUACUUGCCUCAGUGCAUUCACUCGCAUGCUUGACUCCCAAAUUAUCAACAAGCGACGACGCAAGGGUCUUCCUAUUCGACCUGAAGACAAGCUCGUGGGUCUAGGAAUUGGCGCCCCGAUAUUGGCUAUUUCCCUUUGGUGGUUUGGCUGGACGAUUCCUCCACUGAUACAGAGCCCCAGUAUUCCAUGGAUUGUCCCAACAGUAUCACUCAUCUUCGUUGGCUUCUCGUUGACCGAAAUUGACACCGUUCUCUACGGAUACAUCUCUGAUAGCUAUCUCAGCUAUUCAGCUAGCGCCACUGCUGCGGUAGGAUUUUUCAGAGGGUUGCUUUCCGGAGUAUUCCCGCUUUUCACAAAACAGAUGUUCCAUGGGCUGGGCUCAAAUUUCGCCAUGUCAAUUCUGGCGGGCGUGGCGACUGUCUUUUGCAUCGUUCCGCCUCUGUUUCUGUGCUACGGGGAGCGGAUCAGACGGCGCAGUCGGUUCGCUGCGUACAGUUGGGAGAUCCAAAGUGAAAUGGGGAAGGAUGAUAGUGAUUUGUAG